AUGUUUGCCUUAUUGUUGGUGCAUAUUACCAUGACAACAGUCAAAGGUCCGAAAGGCCACAUUCUGUUCCGCUCCAAGUCAAGCUCCAGCCACAGACCAUUCUUCCAUCUGGGCGUCACCAGCAGUGCCGCCUUCUCAUCCACUUUAUCCUCGUUCACUCCUUCCACCUCUUGGGCUUCUUCUAACUCGGCUUUAGCCACCUCAUCGUUUGUCCUGGCUCCUCCUUGCCACCAACGCGCCGUGGGCGCAGGCCCUAAGGCAAAGUCUAGCACUGGUGUCGGCAUCUUGCCGAGUGACCGACAGACAAACAACCAUCUGCCCAGCACCAAUACCUUCAAGGAUGCCGGCACUUGGUUGCCCUACAAGGAAAACAGUAUAUCUGCCGCCCCAGUUGCUGUAGCUGGCUCGACUGUCGUCCACGGAGGCAAGGAUGGCUUGGCCUCACGACCACCCUUCAGAAGUGAGCCUUCUUGGCCGGGCCGGGAGGGUCAAACAGGGCUGACGACACACGAACGAAUAGUGAGGACCCAGCGAAUCUGGUGUAUUCCAGGAUUAAAAAGGGAGGAGGUCGAAGUUCUGCUGGCAGACGCCGAGCCAGGAGUAAGUUGA